CUCCCUCUCUUUCUCUCUAAACUAUUGGCUCUCUCUCUCUCUCUCUCUCUCUCUCUCUGUGUUUUGGUUUUCCAAGAUAGAGAAAAAGGAAACGAAAGGAAAACGAAUCAUCAUCAUCACAGCAAAGAAGAGGAGGCGGCCAUAGAGAGAGAGAGAGAGAGAGAGAUAGAUACUUUGUUGAGUUUCUCUGAGUUCUCAUUUUAACUCAUUGUUUGUCAUGGCGGAAAAGGAUAGACCAUUGCCAAAGUUUGGCGAAUGGGAUGUCAAUGACCCGGCCUCAGCUGAGGGGUUCACAGUAAUCUUCAACAAGGCUCGGGACGAGAAAAAGACAGGUGGACAGCCUGGCUCACCACCAAAGGAUGACUCAAAAUAUAAGCACAGAGAAGUCCUUGGAAAGCCUCACUCUUGUAAAGAAAUGUGGGUGGCCUUAGUUCAUCUACAAAGCCAUUACUGCUAUGACUGGGGCAGAAGAAAUGGUGUUGUUGCAUACAAUCUGCUUAUGCAGAAUCAUGAGGCUGCCCUUAGCCUAUAAUUGCAUGAAGAGGAAACCAUUGUUUUGAUGAUGCCCCAAAAUGUAUUCGGGAGGACUGGAGCUGUAUACAGAAGCAAUGAUGGAUCCUACUGGAAUCUGUUUGUUGUGUCCUAAACGUGGUGAUGAAAUAAUGAUGUGCACUUAGAAAAGUUUAAAGAAUAAUGUUAUAUUAUGUUCGGUAUUCUGGGGUAAUUACUGGGGUGCUUCUCUCCUUUAUCUGAAUUCAAUGAUUUGACCCCUCUAUAGGUGACAAUUUGUUUCUAUAUUGUUUUGAGUGGAUUUGGUUUUCUUC